AUGGAAAAACAACAGCUUUACAAAAUGAAAAUACCAUUGAUUUUUAGGCAGGGAGAUCCUAUCUCUCCCCUCCUCUUUGUGCUUGUCAUGGAGUAUAUGAGCAGGUUAUUGAGGAAAAUGCAAGAGGAUCCUAAGUUCAAGCAUCAUGCCAAAUGUAAGAAGCUCAACCUCACUCAUCUUACAUUUCCUGAUGACAUCCUGCUCUUUUCAAGAGCGGAUGUGGGAUCUGUUGAACUGCUGAUGGCUACCUUGCAGGAUUUCUCUAGUUCUACUGGCUUGGUUGUAAAUCCAGCAAAAUGCUUUGUCUACAUGGGAGCUGUGGAUGGAGACACCAGGGACCAGAUCAUGCAGACCACGGGAUUCAAUGUUGGCCAGUUGCCUUUUAGGUAUUUAGGAGUCCCUUUGUCAAGUAAGAAACUUUCUCUUAAUUACUAUCUGCCUCUUAUUGACAAAAUCCUGAGUAAGAUACACCAUUGGAGCACCAAGCUUUUAAGCUUUGCAGGGAGAGUUCAACUUGUUAAUGUUGUGAGUUUUGCAAUUGCAAACUACUGGCUCCAAUGUUUCCCAAUCCUUAAGAGUGUGCUUAAGAAAAUCAACAGUAUUUGCAGAACUUUUGUUUGGACUGGAGGAAGUGCUAUGAGUAGAAAGAGUCCAAUUUCCUGGAAAGAGGUCUGUAAGCCUAGAGCUAAAGCAGGCAUGAACAUCAUUGAUCUUGAGUUCUGGAACAAAGUUACAAUGAUGAAGCUCUUAUGGGAUUUGAGGAAAAAGAUAGACAACCUGUGGGUGCUCUGGCUGCAUACCUACUACAACAAGGGGCAGAACUUGAUGAGCAUGGAGGUGAGGAAAGACUCGACCUGGAUUGUUAAAGGGGUGAUGAAGGCUAGGCUGAGUAUAGAUGACUGCUGCAACAGUAAUAAAGCUAGACCGAGGGCUCUGUUUUUCCAGUGGCUUGCGUGCCAUAAACGUUUGGCCACAAAGGAAAAACUAGCAAAAUUUGGGAUCAUUAGAGAUACUCAAUGCUGUUUCUGCAGUAAAAUUGAGACCUUAGAUCAUUUGUUCUAUAGUUGCAGUGUGAUGAAGCUUAUUUGGUCUGACAUUUUGAAUUGGAUCAAUGUUGAUCAUGUGCCGUUGGAAUGGAAUCAGGAGUUAAGCUGGCUUAUUUAG